AUGCGAUCCUUGCAGUCUCCAGCAGCGCGAUUGCGGCUCCCUAUUCCUCCUCGGGCGUCAUCGGCUCCGGGAUCAACCCGAUCAAUCACCACCCCGACCGGCCCCAGCAACGGCGGUGCCAAACCGUUCGAUCCACCACCCAUCCCCAAACGGCAUCCAAUCCGCCAAUUCUGUUUCCGGUGGUUCGGUAUCCCAAUCAUCGUAGCCGGAAGCGGAACCGCCGCGUUCUUCGCCUACGACGCCUACACCUACGACCACGCGACCGAUAACUCCGUUUCCGUCUCCUCUCUCGCUCUCUCUCCCCGAUUGGGUGGUCCCAACAAUCUUCCAAUCGCGGAGUUUUUGGUGGAUGAUGAGGACUCACCCGAGAUCAAGCGCAGCUCAACAAAGCCGAGGUUGGUUGUACUUGGAACGGGUUGGGGGAGUAUUGCGCUGCUGAAGAAUUUGGAUCCGGAUGAGUAUCAUGUUACGGUUAUUUCCCCGAGUAAUUACUUUUUGUUUACGCCAUUGUUACCGUCUGCUGCCGUCGGUACUGUGGAGCCGAGAUCUCUGGUCGAAUCGAUUCGUCGAAUCAUUGCACCCAUCCGUGGUCAUUUUCUCGAAGCAAAGGCUGAGCGUAUCGAGUUUUCCGAGAAAAUGGUAGAGGUCUCCGAGACAAAUCCCAAGACGGGCGAAGUCCGUUCAUUUUACGUCCCCUACGACAAGCUCGUCGUCUCUGUCGGCGCAAUUUCCAACACCCACGGCGUAAACGGCCUCGAACACUGCCACUUCCUCAAAACCAUCGACGAUGGUCGCAAGGUCCGUCGCACGAUUAUGGAUAACUUCGAGCGCUCGGUUCUCCCUACCACAACAGAAGAAGAGCGAAAGCGUCUGUUGAGUUUCAUCAUCUGCGGUGGGGGGCCGACAGGUAUCGAAUUUGCGGCCGAGUUGAGCGAUAUGUUGAAGGAGGAUAUGGUCAAGUAUUUCCCGAAGAUCUUGAGGAAGGAUGUUUCGAUUCAUGUUGUGCAGAGUCGGGAUCACAUUUUGAAUACAUAUGAUGAGUCGAUUUCGACGUUUGCGGAGGCUAAGUUCGAUAAGGAUGAGAUUAAGUUGCACUUGAACGCGCGUGUCAAGGAGGUUAAAGAAGACGCCGUUGUCUUUACUCAGAAGGGUAAGGAUGGGGUCGUGGAGUCUGUGGUGCCCUUCGGUCUUUGCUUGUGGUCGACUGGAGUUGGUCUCGCACCUGUCACCGAGCAGAUCUGUGCGACUCUGAAGAAUGCUCAGAAGAACAAGCAUGCCAUUGAGACAGACUCGCACUUGAGAGUGUUGGGAGCGCCCAUGGGUGAUGUGUAUGCCAUUGGUGACUGCGCAACCGUUCAAAACAACAUCAGCGAAUACAUUGUCGACAUCAUCCGGUCCGCGCACGAAACGACCGGUAUUACCGGCGACAUUAAGAACAUUCGCCUCUCCUACGGUGAAUGGAUCCGUGCCGCGAAGAAGGUCCGUCGUCGAUUCCCACAGGCUAUUCCCUACCUUCGCAAACUCGACAAACUCUUCCACGAGUUCGACAAGGAUCAUUCCGGAUCUUUGUCGUAUGAUGAGAUGUGCGACUUGUUGCACGAUAUCGAUCGCCGGUUGACGAGUUUGCCGGCGACUGCGCAGAGGGCUAACCAGCAGGGUAUGUACCUCGCAAAGAAGCUCAACGCACUUGCCCGUGCUAGGGAGAGUUUGGUGCGCAACGAGAUCUUUGACGGAGAUAUCGAUGAUGUGGUCUACGAUCCGUUUGAAUACAAGUACUUAGGAAGCUUGGCGUACCUUGGUAACGCCGCCGUCUUUGACUUUGGUGAUGCCCGUUCGUGGAAGGGUAAUCUCUUGGCUAUGUACCUUUGGCGAAGCGUCUACUGGAGUGAGCAGGUCUCCUUCCGUAACCGAGUUCAGCUCUCCUACGACUAUUUCAAGCGUACCAUUUGGGGUCGUGACAUCUCUCGUUUCUAA